CUGCUCUGUGGUUUGUUGCCACAGGCCGAAUCAGGUGGCAGGUUACAUGGAGUCAGUGUAAUGUUUGACUGUGUACAGUAGAGGAAAGCAGUGGGUGUGAAACCUAGCCCAUAAUGAUCGUUGCCAAUCAUGGUUAUAAGCCGCCUUCCUCUUGCCAAUAUAAACCGGACACAGCACGCCUAUGCUAAAGUUGUUUUGCUUUCGCCUUGGCUAGGAUGCCUAUCGGUUUGUUAUCCCUCUCAAAAGGCUGUGAGGUCUUGGUCUUCCGAUACUCUGAGGGGAGAUAUUGGACGCACCCUGCCCUCGCACAAGCCUGUGCUGUUUCACACACGCCACCGUUUCGCUUCAUAGGCCAGUCGUGACUGUUUGAGUGAGGUUAUCAUUAUGCCCCGAUCGUCUAAAUAUAGAGCACUUUAAGGCAGAUAGGGAGAUGGCAGCUGUCUGUGUUAAUGGCACUUGGACCAUUUCGCUCUGGCAAAUGGGCGGUGGUAGCAGGAAGAGAACUUGUGUUGGAAACCUUUCUGGUGAAGGACAUGGCUGAAAUGGUAGAGUGGCAACAGUAAAUAUAUCGGUUCAAAAAAGGGGUUGACAAAUGAUGUUUCUGGAUGUUCUCUUCUAAAUGGUUCCUGUGCCUUUGUUAAAGCUCAUUGUGUAUAAACACACCUUCGCAGGGAGAACUGCAGUCUGUGAUUGGUGGAUCUAGAACCGCUUGUCACCUCAUGCCUGACCUCAUAACUCUUGCAGGGUACCUUAGUUAUUAGAACAUUAUUUUCAUGUGGCUCCUUUCAAAGUUUCGAUAUGUGCUCCCUGGCACAAGGUGUCCUACAAAAGCUGUUAUGAUAACGUUGGUGUUCCUAGUAUGUGUGUGAUGAAAGUGACUAAGAGACAGGAAAAAGGCACUCUCACAUUUCCAGGAGAUCAACCACGAGGUGUACCUGCAGGGAGCCAUGGAGCAACAAUAUCUCAGUGAAUUCAGGCAUGGAAUGCCAGCUCAAUUUCCCAAGGCCCCGAAAUGAAUCGGUGGUUAAGGGAGCGUUUGACAUUUUCGAAAGGGAGAGGCUAUGUGUAGGAAAAAGAAGAUCGCUUCUCUGUUAACAGGCAUGGGGGUUUGAAACGGUGUGCUGAUUUCACGUGCGACCGUUUUUUGUUUUUUUUUCCCCUAGCCUCUGUAAGCAGAGCAGCUGUGUGAAAUGCAAGCACUUCAAACAACCUUUGUUUUGACCCUCUACGGUUUUGGGUAGAUCAUAUCAGAAGAAACAGAUCAGAAGGUCAUAUCAGCAGCAAACUAGCCAAGCGCAUGCACUGCUCUGGGGAGAUACGAACAGGAAAUGAGCUGCCAUGCAGAUCAGGCUGCGCUGGAGGGUGAAAUGUGUUCUGCAUUGGGAGCUGUGGGUUUUAAAUGCCGUUGUUUGUUUGUUUGGGUGUUUGUUUGGUUUUUUAAAUUGGAAUGUUUCAGUUCCACGGGAUGAUUUGGAAAGAUCUUGAGUUCAGCCAAAGUUCUUACCAGUCUGCAGUGGGAGAGGAUUCACUGGAAGCUGUUCUUCUGCUUCAUUCAGAUAAUCAUGAUUAUCUUGAUUUAUGCUUCACAUAUUUAAAAAAGGCCUAAUGCGUUCAGAAGCCUGUCUUAUGCUAUAAACAUGAUAAGGCCACACCCUUGUGUUGUCAUUACAGAGGCAUUAUGUUUAUAAGAUAGUGGCGGGGCACCCACAGAUGACUAACUCUACCUUUUGGGGUGUCUUGCUCACGAUAACUGGACUACAUUAUAACAGUAGCAGUGAUUAUAUAAAUCGAUGGCUUAGCUGCUUGUCUCCCAUUGACCGGUUUACAGCAUGCCGCAAAGCUGUGGCUCCAUGAAGCAGCCACCCACACAGGGCUGGAUGGGUUCCACACAGGGCUGCCAAGAUCACAGCAGAUUUCUGAGGACGCAUUGUUUCUGACAGGUUCACCGGGGCUCUUGGGGUGGAAUGGGGAGCUUACGUGGUCCUGGUCAGGAGACAGGACUGGAAGAGAAGAAGUCUGGGGGAGAGUUUUAGAACAGGGGAAUAUGACCGGUGAACUGAUGUCUGCGUUUGGCAAAGCACCUUGUUGACAUGGUUAUACGGUGCCCAAUGUAAGAAGGACUUUUGUCAUGUUAUCAGGUAGCGUGUAAAAAGAAGCCCCUCAUAUCUGUGAAUUUAUGCCUACAGUCAUGCUAGAGUCAUGCUAAAGCCUGGAGUAUGAUGUUGUCACAGGUUAGUACAUGGGUGUUUAGAUAGAUCUUAGAUAAUAAUGAUUUUUGUUCUCCUCGAUAAAACAAUGACUGUAUACACAAUAUUUUCUCAGUGUUGUCUGUUUUGCCCCCAAGUGGCGUAGUCUUUGAGCUGCGACAUACUGAGAUUUGUGUGUGUGUGUGUGUGUGUGUGUGUGUGUGUGCACGCCUAUCUGUGAAUGAAACAAAGUCUUUGAUUAAGUCAUUAAUACACAUAUACUACAUAAUGUAUGUGGAAUUAACACACAUACAUUCUAUAGUGCACAAUGCCAUAAAUGAUAAAUCAGUAAAAACAGGUGGCUAUUCUAGAUGAACCUGAUUAUAUCGUACAUAAUGCUGAGUCUGAUUUGUUUAAUAACAAUGCCAAAAAUCGACUAAUCGCCUCCUCUUUCAGGAAAUUAAGUCCAGUAGCAUAAUAGUAGCAGCUGAAUGAAGAGAGCUGACAACGCUCCCAGUGUGUCUUAGAACCUUCCACACCACACCUAACCCUGUAGCGGACUAGCUGACCAUCAUACCUGAACCACUUAUCUUCACCUUGUCUCUUCCUGCCUUUCCUCACCACCCAUGCCUCUGAGGACCCCUGAGGGAGCUGGUCUCCACAGUGCCUGUGUAGAAAUGAACUCUCUCUCGUGUGGUUUGAAAAAGAGGAAGAGGAGGAGGAGGAAGGAGGACACCCUAAGGGCAGCAUUGCAUUCUGUUUGCAGGUGGAGCACGCUGGGACUCGCACGUAUUACUUCAGCACAGAGAGCGUAGAGGAGCAGGAGGACUGGAUCAAAGCCAUGAACGAGGCUGCCAGGUUCCACGUCUCACCUCCGACUGGGAAGAACUUGGACGACCAGACCCACGUCGCAGAACCCGAUGGCCACUUCCGGCCCGACGCCGCUGCUCUGAGACAUGAACAGCAGGAGCCCACCAAACACGGGGUCAACGGGGCGCGGACGUCCACCCCCACCACCCCCCUGCCCCCGGACUCAGACAGCCGGACGCGGGAGAGACUAGGGCUGCCUCCCCAGCACCCCAACGGAUGGGGCAGCUACGGUGUGCCCAACGGGCCGAGCUACACCUCCCAGGAGACCGUACGGGAGGUGCGGGAGGUGCAGCCUGAGUCCCAGGAGAACACGGUGCUACGGAGGGGAUUCGUUCCCCGCACGGCCCCCGAGAGGCUGGCUCAGAGGAAGAGCUCCAUGACCCAGCUCCAGCAGUGGGUGAACCAGAGGAGGGGCGUGGCCACCCAGGAAGACCUGCGCAGUCCAUCGCGGUACUACACGGUGAACCGAGGCGUUUCGGCGGACUACUACGGCGGGUUCGCCGGGCCUCUGUAUGUGGAGGACUAUCCCCUCUACCCUCCUGGCGUCCGCCCCGACAGCAUCUGCUCGAUGUCGGCCGCGUACGACCGGAUGCCCCCGCGCUGGACAGCGGAGGAGAAGCGGCGCUCGCUGCGCGACGGCGCCCUCUACGGGCCUUCCCGAGAGCCACCCCGCGAGCCCCAGUGGGUGAUGGGCCCUGCGGCGGGGCCGCACCCUGCGUACUACACCCAGCUGGACUCCGCCCAGGGCUCCAUGAGGAGGCUGUCGCUACAGCCGCGCUCACGCUCCGUGCCCCGCUCGCCCUCAUCCUCGUCUGCAGGCCCUUACUCGCCAGGACCCCAUAACUUCAUCUCGCCUGCACGUUCGCCCAGUACCCGGUUCGACAGGAUUCCCGUCGGGCGGCUCCGGGAGGAGGGGCUCCACGCUGAUCCCUCAGCCUAUGGCAUUCGGAGGUCUCUUAGUUCCCCCAAGUACGAUUUUGCUGGUGACCGCCGAUCUCUCAGCCAAAACAUGUACUACAAUUACCCAGCCUCUCCCUCUCUACAUGGUAAAAUGGAGGACAUUUUAGACCUACAGCUCCAGAGGAACCUAGAGUACCUUGACCAGCAGGUAAUGGAGGGAGAUCACCUAAUCGGCAUGGUAACCAGAAUGGUUGGGCGCUCCUCCCCCAUGACAAAGCUAUUACCGCAAGUGCCUCCAUACCAUGAUGUCUACAGGGACUUGCAUCCCACACUGAAACUCAAUGAGAUUGAGACCAGUAAACUGCUGAAUCGUUUGUGUGAGCAGAGCAGGCCUCUGAAGGAGCAGGAGGCUGUCGUCCAUCGACUGCGCAUGGACAAGGAUAACCUGGAGUCUGCGCUGGUGGCCACUCACCAGGAGAUGGAGUUGUGCCAUGCCCAGCCACUGGCCAUGGACAAGCUGCAGCUGAAGAAGGAGAGCCUCCAGAACCAACUCAUCAGCAUCCGGGGGGAGCUCUCUCAGGCGUCCAGUGCACUGACCACCUCCAGAAUGGAGUCUGAAGCCCUGGAGGAUGAAGUAAACGCUAUUCACGGCGACCUGUGGGAGCAGCUGAAUGCUGGAGGACAGAACGAGAUGGUCCACCGACACUUGCAGAAAGAGUUCUGGAGAGUUCAAGAUGUGCUCGAGGGGCUGCACAAGACCAAUCCGUCCCGGGGCACAGACACGGCUAAACACAGAGCGAGCGCAGCGUCGGGCUCCUUCAGCACGAACAGUCCGGCGAGUCCUCUGAGCUCAGUGAGUCUGACCAGUCCCCUCGGCCAAUUCUCUCCGGUACCUGGGGCGCAGACGUCGCCCACCAAACAACUGGCCACAGAGGACGUUGGUCCUCCCCGGCCUCCACUCCCCAAGUCCUACCAGCCCUUGGAGUUGUCCCCGCCCAUGCUCCCUUCAGUCCCUCCCCUUCCCCACGACAGCAACUCCUGGCUCCGCCCCACGGAUACCCCCCAGGACCACGGAGAGCCCCACAGCCGAAAGCACAAAUACAGCUUAGCUGGAGACAAAGCCGGCAAUUAUGACUCAGAGCAAGACAAACAAGGCAACCUGAACAAAGUUGGUAUUGUACCACCCAGGACCAAAUCUCCCUCAGACGACAGCGAUGGCCCGAGCAGGAGGAAUGGGAAAGUAAGCAAUGGCCACAUCUCCAGGGAGAGGCCAAAGAGUGCUGUAUUCCCGGCCGAAGUGAAGUCGAAGAUGAGCGUGGAAGAGCAGAACGAGAGGCUCCGUCGGAACCAGAGCAGCUCAGUAAGGGACAAGAGACGCAGUCUGAACCUGUCCAGCGGUCAACACCUGGACGGCUUCAAACCCACCGUCAACUACAGAGUGGUGAGGCGGAGGAUGACAGCUCACGAGGUGGACAUAAAGGACCUUGAGGCGGCCGUAAGGGGUGAAGGGGUGGAGUCUCCCAGGGAAGAGAUUGCCCGCCUACGACGGCAGGUGGAGCCUGACCAGUAUGACAUGGACAUCGGAAAAGAGCUCUCGCCCCCGGACAAAGUGCUUAUUCCGGAGCGGUAUCUGGACAUGGAGCCGAACACACCGCUCAGCCCAGAGGAGGAGCAAGAGAAGCAGAAGAAAGUAGAGAGAAUAAAGACGCUGAUCGCCAAGUCAAACAUGCAGAACGUGGUGCCCGCACUGGACAGACCCGCGCUGGCUGUGGUCAACCCUGAGCAGCAGUUGCAGGAGCAGGAGAAACGAAUCGAGAUCUCCUGCGCCCUGGCGGCCGAGGCCUCCCGCCGCAGCCGUCUGCUCUCCGCCCAAACGGCCCCCAGUUUCCCCGACUCCCCAACCAACCUGGCCCCUCCCCCUUCUGCUGACUUCUCUGACUCCUCCCACAUCAUGAAGGUGUGAAAGUGUGAAGCUCAAACACUGGCUGCUGUCAAGAUCGAUCACGAACCCUUCUGAGCGCCAACAUGGAGACAUAACCGUGAAAUAAUGAUGCCCGAAAACCGAUCAUCUCCCACAGCCAGUGCAUUUACUUCAGCAACAACAGAGGGCGGAAUACGGUGAUUGGAGGCUAGGGACAUGCGGAAGUGACAAUCCCAGAGAUGCAGUUCGGACAUCCCUCUGAGGUAAAGCAGCCCCUCGCCUGGCCGCCCUGUCACACUGCACUCACGUAUUCCUCUCUCUACUGAGCCUCUGCUGAUGGCUCUUAACCUACAGCAUGACUGCACAAUGUAAACAACUAACGAGGCCGAUUUGAACCCCCCCCACCCCCGAGAGGGCGAGCAGCCCCCAAAAGGAAGCUACAAAACUAGCCAGAGAGUGGGACUUGUUUACACCAACCGUAUCUACUAUUUGUCAUAUAAAAGUGACUGAGGUAAAUGUUACGGUAACACUGAAAAUGUUACAGUAACACCAAAAAAAAAAGGGCUGGGAUCAGCGGAUCAGACGGCAAACCGCAGAAGUGGCAUCAGAGACACAAGUACGUCGUUAGCGGAUCAGCGACACAGGAACUGAAGGGGAGACGGUCGCGACACCCGCUGUGUCACAGUGGGGAAAAAUACGUCGGCCCCAGACUGCAGGGGAAAAGGAAGAUAGUUAUGACACAGCAGGUAGCAGGACCAGAUGGGAAUUGGCAGCACUGGAGCGAAGGCUUCGGGAAGUCGACCAGCUCAGCACAUCAGCAUGUCAGAACCAGCCUGGCACCUGGACGCGUUUCGAGAGGCAACCGCUCGCCCUCGUGAUCGUCCGUUGCUCAGUGAGAGACAUCCCGUUGAAGGAUGCACGCGUGGAGACGCCCGUCCACGCACCGGGGUGAGGAGACGGGUUAGGAGGCUCGGACGAAGGAGCCAGACCUCCCUCCUCCCCUAUACCCUCCUCCCAUUCACCUGCCUGUCAGAGGAGAUCAAGCCCAGCUCAAGACAGACUCACUGUGACUCCUGAACUCCUCUUUCUCCAGUGCCCUUCACUCCUCAUUCUUAUAGGGCUUACUGGGAACUGGGUAUCCCAAUCUCGGACUGUCUGGUACCUCCUAGCAUUGUUAGCACCACAGUGUCUCGACCGGUUUGGUCAAGAAACACAGCAAAUAUACGUAGAUAUAUCUAUACAAAAUACAUAUAUAUUGAUUUGAUGUGUAAACAAAGCCAUGUGGGCCUUCAUACUGCUUUUACUGCUAGGAUUUUAUUUAGUGAAAAUUGUACCUAAAAUGUGUGUGUGUGUGUGUGUGUGUGCGCGUGCACGUACGUGUGUGUGUGUGUGUGUGUGUGUGUGUGUGUGUGUGUGUGUGUGUAUGUGUAUGUGUAUGUGUGUGUGUGUCUAAUAGGAAUAUAAUUAAUAUUACCUAGUAGGCUAUAGAGUGAAAGGUGAAAAAAAGUGCCCUUAGAACUGUAAGUGUGCUAGUUGAAAACGUGUGUGUUAUGGGAUGAGGUACAGAGGGGGUGAAACCCAGCCUGUAUUAUGAUAAAAUGAGAUGAUGUAGCCCAUAGACCCCAUGUGAAUACAGUGCCCAGUAGAGUAACUCUGUGCCAGUGGGUAUUUCAUUUGGCCAUGUUUUCAUGCUUAGGCAAAAUGUGUUGUGUAAAUAUUUGAUGCAGAACUAAAUGAAAUGAGUAUUUUUCUAUUACUGAUGAAUACCUUUGACCUGUGUAAUCAAACAGCUUAAUUAUAGUGUAUUAGAAAGUAAUGCAUAAUUUGCCAAAACAUACAAAUCUCCUAUUUUCUACUGAUUCAGCAUUUUGGCUCUGUCAUUCAUACCCCCUCACUGAAACCUGACAUUUUUCAGCCAAGCUGUUAGAACAUCUUGUGCUUUUCCAGAAUUUUUGCUGUUUUUAUAAAGUAAGAAAAAUUCAUUUAUCACCAGUGUAGCUUUAAACUGUGACAUGUGUAUAGUACUCUGGUUUUAUGGAGAUAUGUUUCAGAAUGGUAUGCUUCUCUCUCUCUCUCUCCCUCACACACACACACACACCCCAUCACCUUUGGCAAAAUGAGGUAACAGAAGCACGCAAAUGUAUCUGAAACAGAAACAAACAGAUUAAUAUCCUGGAAUGGGUUUGUUGGAUCCAUAAAGGCAAGACAGUCCCUGACGAAUGGGGGUGGUCUUGGGGUAAGGGAGUUAUAUUUUUUAUUGUUUUAAAGAAAGGGACUAAUGAGGUCACCAAAAUGCAGAACAUAUUUUUCUAAACGCAUGGAUAUUUGAUGAACAAGAUAACUUCUGAUUGAUAAAAUCUCUAACAGAAUUAAGAGUGCUUUGCAUUUUUCACAGCAUGUGGAGAAUACAUUUAGAAUGUCUUUAUUUUGGUACUCUGAAGCAUUGUUUAGAAAGGCCCCGGUUAAGGAUCAUUUUAAAUUAAAACAUUUUUUUGGAUGAGUCAUGACAGAGGAGUCUAAUAAUUGGUUUAAAAAUGUAGCAUAUAAGGCUAACAAGGAUUAAACCCUGGUCUCUGUACAUAUUUUCAACCAAAUUAAAUCUUCAUAUUAACAGAUACUGUUGCUACUUUGAAAAACAAAAUACUGAAAAAAAGCUUGAACUAUGCAAAUCAAAACUGUCAAUAUGCUUGCUUUAGGAAUUUCCUCAUGCAAUAAAGUGAAUGUAUUCAAA